AUGUCGCAAUAUAAAGAUAAAGUAGUUCAUAAUAAAGAUAAAAACUUUUCACUCACUUUAGAGAAUGGUGAGGUUGCACAUUUAGAUUACACUAGACGAUUGAAUGAAUUUGAUUUCUAUCAUACAUUCGUACCUGUUUCUGCUCGUGGUAAAGGUAUUGCAGAGAUUCUAGCUGACUCUGCAAUGAACUAUAUUAGAGAAACAGAGUCACGUGUCAUACUAUCAUGUUCAUAUCUCUCAGAUCGUUGGUUACCAAAGAACCCUGCCUAUGCCAUUAAGAGUGGAUGA